AUGGUGUUGAUGCCAGUCCUCUUUUUGAGCUGGGGUUUCCAAUACACGGACAAAGGCAUUCUCAAUAGCGCCGCUCAAUUUGGUCUUCUUCAAGACCUCGAUCUGUCUCAGGAGGUCAUCGUCGAUGGGAAACCGCAGGUCAGCCUCGAAAGGUUUUCGUACGCAGUCAUGGUAUUCUAUUGGGGUUAUUUCGUUGGAACUGUGCUUACAAUUUGCACAAUCCUUCCGGCCACCUAUCUUGCACAACGCCUGCCAAUAGGCAAGUUUGUGGGGUGUUCGAUAGCCAUCUGGGGUAUCGUCACCAUAUCGACUGCAGGCGUAAAUUCUUACGCUGGUCUCAUGGUCAACCGGUUCUUCCUCGGGAUUUGCGAAUGUACGCCGGCGCCCGCCUUUUCACUCAUCUGUUCAAUGUGGUAUCGGCGCGACGAGCAGCCCCUUCGUCUAGCUAUAUGGUAUUCAGCCUCCGGACUCGGCAGCCUCAUUGGCGGCAUUGCGUUCUACGGUGUUGGUCAUAUUCACGGAUCGUUACACCCCUGGAGAUACCAGUACAUUAUUCUUGGAUCUUUGACGGCUGUAUGGGGCGUCAUUGGGGCAUGUGUCCUGCCGGACAAUCCCACGACGGCUAAGUUCCUCUCGUCAGAUGAGCGCGUCCUAGCGGUCAAGCGCAUGCGGUCCUCUCAGACCGGUAUCGAGAAUACAGUCUUCAAACUAUACCACGUCAAGGAAACGUUCAUGGAUCCUAAGACUUUUCUACUCGGCCUCACAGCCUUCACUAUCACGCUCGUCAAUGGAGCUGUGUCUGGCUUUGGCUCACUCAUCAUUGGCAGUUUUGGCUUCUCCUCCUUAGACUCCGUUCUACUCAGCGGAACUCCAGGCGGAGUCGGGUUCGUUGCGCUUAUUGUGGUUGGAGUUGGUCUUUUGUACUUCCCAAACCAGCGAGCCAAUGCCUUCGUCUUUUCGAGCGCUCUAGUGAUUGCUGGAUGCGUUAUGAUAUGGAAGUCGAGCUGGCAAAACCUUGGCAUUCCCCUAGCAGGUUUCAUCCUGCUCAUUUUCUUUGCAGUAGCAUAUGUCAUGCUAUUGGCUUUGAUGACGGCGAACACGGCGGGACACACGAAAAAGGCGAUAACAUCCGGCCUUGUAUGGUCACUCACAGUGAUCUCCAAUGCUGUCGGGCCACUUCUCGUCAAGACCACAGAGGCGAAGCAACACUACCCCAGCCUGAUAGAGCCAACUCUAGCGGUGCUGGCACUUGGAAUUGUUAUGAUCGUUUCGCUGCGAUUCUAUCUGAGCACAGAGAACAAACGUCGCGACAGGAAUGGGACGGUUACGGAAAGCGGCGCGAAUGAGACGGCUUUCGAAGAUAUGACAGACUGGGAAAAUCCAAACUUCAGAUAUUCAUGGUAG